AUGACAUUCUUUUUAUUUACAUUUUUAUGUUUAUUUUCACAAAUUGGGAUAUGUCGGAUGACGGAUGGCGCAAAAGUUUUACUAACAGUUAUGGAUCAAGGAAGGUUAGUUAAGGGUUUUUUUGGGUUAGAAAACUGUUUUCAAUUUUAUAGAAGUCAUGCUGGAUCUAUUCUCCCUUUGAUGCAUAAAAUUCAAACAGAAAAUAUCACAACAGCUCUUGAAUUUACGAUAUUUCAUAAUGAAAUUGAUUUUGGAAUGGAGGAAAGAUUUAUAAAUAUGACAGGAUUUCACAAUAAUUUUGCUUCACCUGAUUUUUUCAAAGUCGCAUUCGAAGGCGAAUUCACAUUUCUUCAUCAAACUCUUCCAUUUUUAUUCGGAUCACUUUCUUGUGACAAAGUUCUCAAACACAAACGCGAUCGUUUUAUGGAAAUAGCAAAUGAAGAUUGGGAUAUUUUCUUGAGUGAUUCACUUUUCUCAGUUUGUGGUUAUGGAAUGGCUGAACUCAGUGGAAAACCACAUGUUAUGAUGCAUUCGAGUGAUGUUGAAAGUGCCCAUGGAACUUUCAAAGGUUUUUCGAGGAAUUAUGCAAUUCUUGUCCCGAACUUUUUACCUUAUUCAAUGUCUGAUUUUACAAUUGAGAAAUAUUGGCAUCGAGUUGUAUCAACUAUUGAUUGGUUUGGAGGCAUUUUUGUUACAGCUGGACUUGGUGCGAUGGCACAAAAAUGGGCAUUACGGAGUGUGAUCCCAUUCCCAUAUUUCUCUUUUUAUGAAUUCAAUCGUCAAAGUACCUUCAGUUUCACAGAUAUGCCAGAUGCAUUAUAUCCUGUUGGACCAGUAACAAAUGAUGUGAGUUGAUUAUUUCUAAAAUAUCUCAACCCCAAAAUGUUUAUAUUUCAGCUUGUCUCAUUUGGAACCUAUUGCAAAGCUCCAAAACAAGAACUUACUGGAGAAAUCAAGAAUUUCGUUGAGGAUCCAAAAUCCAAAGGAACAAUUCUGGUUGCUUUCGGAACUUUGAUUGAUUGGAAAUAUGCACCAAAGAAAAAAUUGGAUACACUCAUCAAUGUUUUCAACAAAUUCACCGAUUAUCGAAUUAUUUGGAGUAUGAAAGGGGAAAAACCAAAAGAACUAUUGAGUCAUGUGAUGGUAUCAUCUUGGAUUCCUCAAAAUGAACUAUUGCAUCAUCCAAAAACUGUCCUGUUUUUCAGUCACGGAGGAUUGAAAAGGUAAUUAUUUUUGAAAACCAAAACACUUUUGAAAAUAAUAAUUUCUAGUGUGAAAGAAGCUGCAUGUUCAGCAACUCCAUCAAUAUUUAUGCCGAUGUUUGCGGAACAAAUGAGAAACGCGUGGCUUGCAAAAAAUAAAGGAUUUGCAAGAAUUGUGAAUAAAUUCGAGUUUGACGCUCCAACUUUAGAAAAACAUAUUCGCGAAGUUAUUACACAUCCAAGUUAUCAGGUUUGUUUUCAAAAUGUCUUUUCUGAGAAGUGCUUUCAGGUGUUUUCAUAAAAAAUCAAAAAUUGAUGAUUUUUAUCAUUUUCCUUCAACCAAUUUCAGCCAUUACAGUUUUUCUAACAAAUAAAAAAUGUUUACAUGAGGCAAAAAUCAAUUCAUUUUGUUUUCAGAAAGAAGCAGAUCAUUUCUUCUCAACAUUCCUUGAUAAACCAAUCGCUUCACUUGAUAACGCAGUCUUCAAAUUCAAAAAACUUUUAAAAUAUUCUGGAAAAAUGCCAAAAUAUUUCUAUCCAAAGUCAAUUGAUUUGUCAUAUAUCACAAGUCUUAAUUUAGAUAUUCUUUUUGUAAUUCCUCUACUUCUUGUUUUUCCGUUGUUCUCUUAUUAAUUAUCUAUGUAUUUAUGUAUUUAUUUGAUUUCUUUAUAUCGGGUAUUAAUUUUCAGAUGUUUCAUUUUAAUACAUUUCUUCUACUGGCUUUUUUGAGCUCGAUAAAUGGUUCAAAACUUUUAUUGACUGUUAUGGAUCAGGGAAGAUCGCACGCAUCUUCAAUGACAACUUUUAUGCAUAGAUUACAAAAAGAAAAUCAUUCAACAAUUAUUCAAAUGACAUUGUAUCGAAAAGAAAUUGAUUUUGGAAUGGAAGAAAGAUUUAUUGAUAUGACUGAUCAACCAAAUAUUUUUGAAUCUGAUGAAUUUCAUACUAUUAUUUUCGAAAAAGAAUUCACAUUUUUACAUCAUGUAAGUAGGUUAUUCUUCUUUUGAAAUAAAUUCAAAAAAAAUCCAUUCCAGGCGUUCCCAUUUAUUUAUGGCGCAAUUUCUUGUGAAUCUGUUCUUCGUAACAAAUAUCGAAGAUUCAAGGAAAUCCUAAAAAGUGACUAUGAUCUUGUGGCUUCUGAUUCACUUUUUGCAAUUUGUGGAUAUGGAUUAGGUCAAUUAUCAGGAAAACCACAUAUUAUGAUGCAUUCUACAGAUUUGGAAAGUGCACAAGGAUCCUAUAAAGGAUUUUCGAGAAAUUAUGGGAUUUUGGUCCCUAAUUUUUUACCCUAUUCAAUGCCUGAUUUUUCGGUGAGUUUUUUUUCGGAGAAUUACGUUGAACAGGGUCGAUUUCCAACCUUUUUUCCUAAAAGGUAGAUUAUUUCAGCCCGAGAAAUUCUGGCAUCGAGUUUCAGCAACAAUUGACUGGUUUGGUUCAACAUCAGUUAUUGGUUUAGUAGCUGGAAUUGGAAUGAAAUAUGCUUUCAGAAAUAUUGCACCAGGAGAAUUUGGAAUAAAUUCUUAUUAUGAAUAUAAUCGACAAAGUAUAUUCACUUUCUCAGAUAUGCCAGAUAGUUUAUAUCCUGCUGCAGCAAGGACAAAUGAUGUUAGUUUUUCUCAAUUAAUUGGAAUUUAUUUUUUAUUUUUCAGUUUUUCUCAUAUGGAACUUAUUGCAAAACUCCAAAAGCCGAAAUAUCUUCUACUUCCAUCAGCAAUUUCACAAAUGAUCCAAAAUCAAAGGGAACAAUCCUAAUAUCUUUUGGUACUGUAGUUGAUUGGAAAUUUGCGCCGAAACAAAUAUUGAAUACUUUCAUCAAUGUUAUUAAUAAAUUAACCGAUUAUCGAAUUAUUUGGAGUAUGAAAAUGGAUAAACCGAAUGGUUUGGGAAAACAUGUUUUGGUAUCGAACUGGAUUCCACAAAAUGGAUUGUUGCAUCAUCCGAAAACCAAAUUAUUUAUCAGUCAUGGAGGAUUGAAAAGUGUUAAAGAAUCAAUUUGUUCAGCAACUCCAUCAAUAUUUAUGCCAAUGUUUGCGGAGCAAAUGAGAAAUGCAUGGCUUGCGAAAAAUCGUGGAUUUGCCAAAAUUCUCAAUAAAUUUCUUCUCACCGAAAAGUAUUUACUUGAAAUGAUCAAUGAGAUUUUGAAGGAUCAAAAAUACCAAAACAAUGCUGACAAAUAUCUUUCCGAAUAUUUCGAUCUUCCAAUGGAUUCUUUAGAUGAAGCUGCUUUUAAAUUCAACAAACUUGCUAAAUAUAAUGGAAAAUUACCGGAAUAUUUUUACCCAAAAAGUAUACAACUAGGAUAUAUUCAAAGUUUGAACAUUGAUUUAUUAGUUUUGGUUCCAGUUUUUGUAGGUUAUUUAUUGUUUGUAAAAUAAUUGUAAAAUAAAUCAUUUUGUCGGGUUGAAAAGCAGUAGCGCGAAAUGUUUUCUUACACAAAGAGAGAAAUAACUCACCAGUCCAUCAAUAGAUAUUUGGCGUUUUGAAAAAUUAAUUUUUUAAAACUUCCAAAUGAAGGAUCUACAAUCAUAUUUAUAAAUUUUUCAAAAAUUGUUUAUGUUUAAUUUUUAUAAUUGUUUUUUUUGCAUAAAACUAUCACACAACAGAUAGAAUUAUGUUUGAAUUUCAGUAUUCUUGAAACUAUUUUGAAGUUAUACAUUUACAUAAUUUCAGAAGAAAAUUGAAUGCAGAUUUUUUGUCAGCGUGUGAAAACCAACUUCAAUCAUAAUUGGUGUUCAGUCAACCAAACUCUUAUGAUUUUGAGUUUUGCAUCAGCUUAUUUCAGAUAACAUUAUACUAUUUUUAUAUUUGUUCAAAAAAUGUCUGAAUUUCCUGGUUGGUAUGAAAUCAUUGAAAUUGUCUCACAAGUUAUUCUACUAAUCAUUUCUGUUUUUUCUUUUCCAUUAUACAUUUUGGUAAUAUUCAUAAUAUUGAAAAAUCGUUCAAAUAUUUUUCGCGGACCAUUUUAUCGAAUUCUGUUGAUUGGAAUGAAUUUUGAUAUAAUUUCGGUGAUCAAUAUUUUCAUUGGUCAAAUCCUUCCAGGCCAUUCUUUAUUGAAAUUUUUAUAUUUUUUCGACGGUGGAAAUUAUCUUGGUAAAUUCUACUUUACUGUAACUUAUUGUGGGAGAGGAAUCCAAGGCGCAACAGCAAUGCUUUUGGCUUUCAAUCGAGUUUCCGCUGUUUGUUUCCCUAUUUUUUAUCGGAAGGUGACAUUUUUUUUUUUAAAUUAGAAUAUUUUUUAAUAAUCACCACACAAUUUCAGUUCACAGAAACAUCCUACACUAUAGUUAUGCAAAUAAUUCAAAUAUCAGCAGGGAUUAUUGCAAUAUUUUUAUUGCUUCCAAGAGAAUAUGAAUAUAUUUAUAAAGAUGAAGGAUAUUAUGGAGGAUCUGAUGAUGAACAAUUUUGGAACUCUUUUUAUUAUUUUGUUGGUGGAUUAGAAGUUUUAUUCGUAACUUCAAUUGUGGUUUGCAAUGUUGGAAUGGUUGUAUCUUAUCAUUUCACGUUUCAAGUUGUUAGUUCAGAGAAAUUCAUCAUUCUCAUUUCAAAUCAUUCAUUUUCAGGACCGUCGUAAUUCUGUGAACCAGCGAAUAUCGAAUGAAAAACAAAAAGCAGAGCAAAAUAUGGGGAAAAUGACAAUAAUUAUUUGCUCUUUCGAAAUAAUCUACUUCAUUUUUAUUGUUAAUAAUCUUAUCCUUUGGCCUGAUAUGAACAAACGAUAUUUCUAUUUUUUCUACAAUCCAUUGGGUAUUUUAUAUUCAACAUUUUCCGCUUGGAUGCUCUUAUUUUUCUCAAAACCUAUCAGAUUGUUUAUUUUAAGGUUUUUCAUAUAUCAGAAUGUCUAUUAAUAGAACAUUUUCAGAAGUAUGAAAAAGAAUAACGUCGGCCAAACCAAAAUUGUUUCUUCAAAUGAACCACAAAGAUUGACGAUGAGUGAAAUACGGAGCUGA